AUAGAUCAAGAGGGUUCAGAGGAGGUCAGAAGCGUCCAGUCCCUUCGAAGACAUGGACCUCUCUGGGUGUCCUCGUCGGCGAGUCCUUCUAGUCCUAGUUUCCCUUGUAGGAGUGGCCCUUGUCCUUGGGCAGGAUGGCGGAGGGGACCUGAAGGAGGAAGGGAAGGGCGAGGGCGAGGGAGAGCGCUGGGGACGCCCGCAGGAGGAGGAUUUGUGGGCGAGGAGAUACGACGGCGUGUUUUCGUGUCCCUGCGGUGCGAAUAACUGCAGCGUGGGUGCGAAUAACAAGGAAGGUGUUUCUGGACCCGAGGUUAUUUCCAGUACCUGCUACCUGCCCAGUACUGAUCCAGGCGCGCCCGAGAACGACAACGCGACUCUGCCGGUUCACAGCAAUAUAUACAAGAACGAAACGGCUUUGGCAACGGACUACUGCCGCCUUUCGCCCAACCACGCUUUGUGCCGUUAUUCUGUUGACGAAGCAGGGCCGGCUUGCGUCAAGCCUCUGAAGAUCGGCCUGUCCGCCGCGAGAAGGAAGACGCCCUCAGGAUCCACAACGAACUGCGGGCGGGCGUGGCGAAGGGAGAGGUCCGGCGUGGGCGGCCCGGACCCCAACCCCCGGCGGCGGAUAUGAUGGAGCUGGUG